AUGUCGGCCAUUUGCAAGGCUAGAUUAGUAGAAGAGCGAAAACAAUGGAGGAGGGACCAUCCCUACGGUUUCUACGCUAGACCUACGAAGAACGCCGAUGGUAGUUUGGACAUGAUGGUUUGGGACGUCGGAAUUCCGGGGAAAGAGAAUACCCAUUGGGCAGGUGGUCUAUACAAAUUACAAAUUCAUUUUCCUGAGGAUUACCCUUCGAAGCCGCCCAAAUGUAAAUUUACCCCGCCGAUCUUUCAUCCGAAUGUGUUCCCUUCAGGCACGGUUUGUCUAUCGAUUUUGGCUGAAGACAAGUCAUGGAAGCCAGCAAUCACCUUGAAGCAAAUUGUCCUGGGCAUUCAAGAUUUGAUGAACGAGCCCAAUAACGCCGACCCGGCUCAACUGGAUGCGUUCUCGCUUUACAAGAGUAACCGCGCCGCUUAUGAUGCAAAAAUCAGAGAGCAAGCAAAAGCUAUGGCUGCUUGA